AGUGAGUCAUCAGCGAGAGAGGCCCAAGGUGGAUCUACCUUGAGCGCUUUUCAAACACAGUAAAAUAAUAAUUAUUAUAAUUAUAUUAUAAUAAUUAAAAACACAACGAAAACAUGUCAGAUUUAUUUAAUAAUCUCUUUGGCAAAAAGCCUACUUUAAAGGAACAACAGAGGGAGAAUGAUCGAAACCUAAGAAAAGCGACAAGAGACAUUGAGAGGGAACGCCGUAAAUUGGAGGAGGAAGAAAAGAAAUUGGAGCAGGAAAUCAAAAAGAAUGCAGCGCAGGGUAACAAGGAUGCCUGCCGCAUAUUGGCAAAACAACUGGUGGAAAUACGCAAGCAAAAGGCCCGAACAUAUGCUGCCAAUAGUAAAAUAACAUCCAUUGGCUAUCAGAACAAAAAUAUGGGAACCAAUGUGGCCUUGACCGAGGCGAUGAGUACAACCGCUCAAACAAUGUCCAAUAUGAAUAAAAUCAUGAAACCUGAAGCCAUUGCUGCCAAUGUAAGAAACUUCCAACAGGCAAAUAUGAAGAUGGAAAUGACUGAUGAGAUGAUAAACGAUACCUUGGAUGAUAUGCUUAAUGAAUCUGGCGACGAAGAAGAGUCCAAUGCUAUUGUAAAUCAAGUGCUGGAUGAAAUAGGAAUUGAAAUUUCGGGUAAAAUGUCCAAUAUUCCAUCCACGGGAUCUGCUGAAUUGGAGGACCAAAGAACCGACAAAGAUAUAGCUGCACAACUGGCUAAACUAAGAUCAACAUAAAGACCCAGUAAUUUUGGAUUUUUUGUUAUUUCUGCUAAUUUGUAUUUAUAUAUGAAUGUAUUGUGUUUCCAUUUUAUUUAAGAUAUUAUUUAAAAUUAUUCCAACAAAUAUAUUAUUAAACAUUA